GUCCUGAAAAUCUUAAAUAAGUUUUACAAGCGGAAAGAAAUGCAGAGACUGGGAGGAGAAAAUGGACUGGAUGCUCGUCUUUUUCACCAAGCAUUUAUAAGCUUUAGAAAGUAUAUUAUGGAGUCCAGUUUCCUGAAUGCUGAUGUACACAUUAUUCUAAAUGAUAUAUGUUGUGGUGCAGGUCACGUUGAUGAUCUCUUCCCAUUUUUUCUGAGACAUGCUAAGCAGAUCUUUCCUAUGCUGGACUGUAUGGAUGAUCUGCGCAAGAUCAGCGACUUAAGAUUGCCACCCAACUGGUAUCCAGAAGCCAGGGCUAUUCAAAGAAAGAUAGUCUUUCAUGCUGGCCCUACAAAUAGUGGAAAAACUCAUCAUGCUAUCCAAAGAUACUUGGCAGCAAAAUCAGGAAUAUACUGUGGUCCAUUAAAACUGCUGGCCCAUGAGAUCUUCCAAAAGAGUAAUAAUGCUAGUGUGCCAUGUGACUUGGUAACAGGAGAAGAGCGUGUUCUUGUUGAUCCAGAAGGCAAACAAGCAACCCAUGUUGCUUGCACUAUUGAGAUGUGCAGUGUUACUACGCCUUAUGAAGUGGCUGUCAUUGAUGAAAUUCAGAUGAUCAAAGAUCCGGCUAGAGGAUGGGCCUGGACCAGAGCACUUUUAGGACUCAGUGCAGAAGAAGUUCACAUUUGUGGAGAAGCUGCUGCUAUUGACUUGGUGACAGAGCUAAUGUAUUCUACAGGAGAGGAAGUGGAGGUCAGAAACUACAAGAGGCUUACCCCUAUUACCGUGCUGGAUUAUGCAUUAGAGUCUUUAGAUAACCUCCGUCCUGGUGACUGCAUUGUCUGUUUCAGUAAGAACGAUAUUUAUUCUGUGAGUCGGCAGAUUGAAGCCCGAGGAAUAGAAUGUGCUGUCAUAUAUGGCAGUCUCCCACCUGGGACAAAGCUUACCCAGGCAAAGAAAUUCAAUGACCCUGAUGAUCCAUGUAAAAUUCUAGUUGCUACAGAUGCAAUUGGAAUGGGGCUUAAUUUGAGUAUAAAGAGAAUCAUUUUUAAUUCUCUAAUAAAGCCAAGUAUCAAUGAAAAGGGAGAGAAGGAAAUGGAUGCAAUUACAACCUCUCAGGCUCUACAAAUUUCAGGCAGAGCUGGAAGAUUUAGCUCUGUGUUCAAGGAAGGGGAAGUCACUACAAUGCAUCGUGAUGACCUUGUAUUGCUGAAAGAAAUUUUGAAUAGGUCUGUGCCUCCCAUAGAGACAGCUGGCCUGCAUCCUACUGCUGAGCAGAUAGAAAUGUUUGCAUACCAUCUCCCUGAUGCUACUCUAUCAAAUCUAAUGGAUAUCUUUGUGAGCCUCUCACAAGUGGAUGGGCUUUAUUUUGUCUGCAAUGUUGAUGACUUUAAAUUUCUAGCAGAUAUGAUUCAGCACAUUCCACUAAACUUAAGAGUAAGGUAUGUGUUCUGCACAGCACCCAUCAACAAAAAACAGCCUUUUGUCUGCACCUCUUUGCUAAAGUUUGCAAGGCAGUUUAGUAGAAAUGAGCCUUUGACAUUUGACUGGCUAUGCAGGCAUACUAACUGGCCACUGGUCCCACCAAAGAACAUCAAGGAUCUUGUACACCUUGAAGCUGUUCAUGAUGUUUUUGACCUCUAUCUGUGGUUAAGUUACCGAUUUAUGGACAUGUUCCUAGAUGCCAGCCUCGUACGGGACAUCCAGAAAGAACUAGACAACAUUAUACAAAUUGGUGUGCGCAACAUUACAAGGCUUAUCAGAGCUUCAGAAGCUACUUCUGUUUCUGGUGCUAUAGCUGUACCAGAUGACUUUCCUCUUCAGAGAACUGAAGUUAAAGACAGGAUGUUGAACUUGGAAGAUCUUCCAGCAGCAAACCAAGAGCAAUUCUCAAGUGCCACAAAGGUACUAGGACAGAAGAGAAUAAGGGGAUCUAAAGCUUUGGGCUAUAAACCUGCUGAAGUACAGUCGAAUAUGAAGAGUCACCGACAAGAAUCUCUUGCUGCCAGACUAGUGCGUGAAGGACUCCUUAGCCAAGAAAUGCUGAAACAGCUGGAAAAAGAGUGGCAGGUUCACCACAAUAACAAUGGAAAUUUCCCAACUGGAACAAAAGAUGAUCAGAAUGGUUCAAAGGGGACAGGGAACAAGAAGUGAAAUAAUGACCUAAUUCCAUUUAAUUUUUGUUCAUAGAAUAAAUACUAUUUUAAUAACCUUUUCUGGCAUCUCUGGAUUACACUGGUGCUGUUGCAUUUUUUCCCCUUGUGGUUAGUUCUGUGAAGCAAAUAUUCAGAGAUGGAGUCUUGUAAGCUGAAAGGUUAUUUUAUUAAUUCUGCUUUUGUGGACUUGUUAUGCACUUUCUCACAACCACGACAUUCAGCAUAAGAAAUACUGUGUGUUCCUAUAUGAAAGUUUGAACCUAAAACAUCCUUACAAAAUACACACUUAAACUGUUUUUACCAUAAUGGUCAGGUAUAUUUCCCUAGUAAUGAAUUAGCUAAUCAUUCCACACCUUCGUAUAGUACAUAGUUCAACAGAUAAGUGCUAUAAAUGGUAAUAUAGAACUUCAUAGGAAAUCAGAUUAGAAUCUCAUGCCUUUCAACCUUUGCCUUCCCUGAAAAUCUGAAGUAAUCAGGUGGAAAGCAUUUAUCUGUUAAUGUCCUAGAUGUGUGCAAUUUACAGUAUUUCUCUCUCACAGAAAUUGUGGAGGAAAGGUCAUAGCCCUUUUAAGUUCUUUCUAUCUGAUGGCUUCUCAGGAAAAAAUUGAUACAUUAAAAACAUUUAUUUUUACCCUGGGGAAAAUCUAGACAUGAACUUAUUCAGGCAAAGCCAAAAAUGUU